AUUUACCAGGCUGUGAAACGCACACCUUCGUCAUGGCGGCGCCCGUGAAGAGCAGCGAUGUCUCAGUACCGAGCGUUUCAGCUCAGUCCACAGGCAAAAAUGCUCAUCUACAGUACAGUGUUCUCCUGGAACAUCUCAUCGGUGACAAGAGACAAAUCAAAGACCUGAACCCCGGCGUUAUGGGCGGUUUACCGACUCCGCACAAGACGAAGGAGCAGAAGAUGAUAGAACGCGGGAUGGAGAGCUGCGCUUUUAAAGCGACGCUGGCGUGUGUCGGAGGUUUUGUGCUAGGAGGUGCCUUUGGAGUCUUCACAGCUGGCAUCGACACCAAUGUUGGGUUUGAUCCUAAAGACCCACUAAAGACCCCCACAGCGAGAGAAGUGCUAAGAGACAUGGGUCAGAGAGGAAUGUCCUACGCUAAAAACUUUGCUAUAGUUGGGGCAAUGUUCUCAUGUACAGAGUGCAUUAUAGAAUCACAUCGCGGUAAAUCAGACUGGAAAAACGCAGUGUACAGCGGCUGCAUUACUGGAGGUGCGAUUGGAUUCAGAGCUGGCCUGAAAGCUGGGGUUUUGGGCUGUGGUGGUUUUGCUGCUUUCUCCGCUGCUAUAGAGUAUUACCUUAGAUGAUCGUCUGCUCCAGAUCUUUCCGAGUUGGAUGGGCUCUAGACAAGAACCAAGAGCAGAACCUGAGACUUUUUUUUUUGACAACCUUGUCAAAUGAUUUUUGAAAUUGUUCUCAUGGAGAAUCUAUUCAGUGUCCGAACCUGCGUAAACGUGUUAUGUGAUUUCCGAGUGUCCUGCAGGGGUCAGUGUAGACGUUUCAGCUUCAGUUUAACUUUUGAAUGCUGAAAGGAGAGCUUCAGACCAGCGUAUACUUUUCCUUAUGUUUUCCACCAGGAUUUCUUCAAGAAAAAACAUAAUGAAGCUGGGAAGGUCAUGACUGAUGAUGCCUGUCAGUGAAUGUUUAAUAAUGUGUAAAAUGAGGGUAUUUUGGCCUUAUAGAAGUUAAUGUAUAUAAUCUUACAACUAGUAAAUUAAAUCUGAAAACCUAA